AUGAUGGAAGGCGGGUCUGGGGACAAUAUUUUGAUAUCCCGCCCAUUGAGCGUUUCUGAGAAUUUCUUCAGGUCACGGACUGCCAGUGGCAACUACCGCAAUUUUCAAGUUACUGCGACUUACCGACCAGGAUUAAAAAAGAACUGGAAGCUUUUCUACUAUGCCUUGAGGAAAACCAUCCUUGACUACCACAUUUUGAUUACAAAUGUUCAAUUCUGCACAUCUGUUGAUAGCUUCGUUUACAAACCGUUGGAUAAAGUCAAUUUUGCUAGCGUCGUUCAGGUAAUUGAAACCAGAGAUUAUGUCACCAGCGAUACCGUCAAUGAAAAGUUUAUGAAAUUCGUCAAUGGCAUAAAGUUUGACUUGUACUCGCAGAAUCCAUUGUUCAGGUUGAUUAUAGUGGGUGAAGACCAUCUUUGCGCUGUCUUUGAGCACACAAUAGCCGAUGGUUUGGUUGCUCGAUACAUACACGAAAUUCUACUUCAAAACAUUGCGCACUGCGAUAACCUUUCCAAGUGGAGCAUUCUAGAAAAGGAGUAUGGUUUCGAAGAAGUUGAUGAUCCCUUUAAUGCUGAGCUAUUCAACAUCAAUCGCGACCAAAAGUUCAUCAAAAACUCCUUACCACCACCGAUCGAUUUAUUCCUUUCAAUGGAAGAAGACUACACCGGAGGGGACUCUCAAUUUUCCGAGCUAGUUGUGCCAUCAAAUGCAAAAGGUAAAUGGCUUGGUAGGUUUCCUGCAAUCGAUGUGCAUGACAUUGCAUUCAAGUUGAUCAAUAUUCCUGCACAAGAAACCCGAAAAAUACUUGAAAAGUGCAGAGCACAGCAAGUUUCAAUUACCGCCUACAUCGAGGUGGUAUUUGCAUUCACAAUGUGGCCAAUAUUUGACGGAAAGUAUGCCUCAUACAAAUGCGCCAUGGCUUUAAGACGGCACAUGGAUGUAAAAACAGCACCAAAGCAAUACACUUCCAUUUUCAAUCAACCAGGCUAUAAAAUCCUAGGAACACUGGCGCAUAUGGGCUUUGGAAUGAAUCUUCCUCCCAUCACAGAAUUCUCCUGGGAACUUGUUCGCAAGAUUAACAGUCAUAUUGUUUCUGGAUGUCGAAAUAAGAGGGCAUUGAAUCAGUUGAAAGGUUUUAAAGAUAAUGCUGACAUGAAAGACAGGUCAAAUGAGUACUUUUUCAAAAAACAGCUAAACAACCCAAAAGCUGAUGCUGUAAAAAUUUCUAAUUUAGGUUUUGUUCAAGAAACGGAGCAUCGAAGUGAACAGGGAAGGACGUGGACGAUAAAAAACAUGGUAUUUGCACAGGAUAUGGCCCCUUAUGCCUCGGAGUUUAUGUUGAAUGUGAUAACAACCGCUAAAGGAGGCUUGAAUAUGACAUUGAGCUACUACGACCACACAUUUGAGGAUUCAAAAUGGGACAAUUUUGAUCAUUUUGUAGAGAAGCUUCAAAGAAAUAUGGUUGAGUGUAUAGAGUGA